CAAAUCGAAAUGUCAAACGAGCGACAGCUGUCAAAAAACGCAGCAGCAAAGAAAAAUACAAAGUCCGUCAUCGUGAAUGAAUUUAAAAGAAUUUUAAAUAAUUAAUGCGAGGAAGUGACACCAAAUGAAGUGAAACCAUCGAUUUUUAUAUGAGUUACAAAAGCUGUAGAUUUAGGAAAAGUUGUGAUUGCCGUGAAAAUUCUGUUCCAGACUCCCAUUGGAAAGCAUGCAAAUAACAACGAGUGGCUAAAAAGGAGACACAAAAACUCGUGGAAAAAAAUCAAUCAUGUUCUCCAGCGUGAGGAAUUUUUUGUCGCGUCACAAGCGAAAGUUCAUCAUUAGUGGCGUGAUUGUGGGGGGAAGUGUCCUUGCACUGCGCUAUGCUCAGCGGAAGCUGCGUGAAUUCCAGGAAGAGCAGGCGCGGGAAUUUCUUGAGAAGACACGUCGCCUGCAGCAUUUUGAAUCCACAGAGAGAACAUGCAAUCAAACGAUAAUGGGAUUAGCACCAUCGGUUUUUGAAGAGAUCAACCGAAUUCUCAGUACAGACGAUAUCCUCGAGCAAUUGCGCAAGAAGCCUGAAAAUAAGAAAGAACUCUGGGAGGAAAUGAAGGUGAUUUCCUUUGCCAGGCUCACAACAAUGGUCUACGCAUCGUCAAUCCUUGUUGUAACACUGAGAAUCCAAUUGAACCUCGUAGGAGGCUACCUGUAUAGGGACACGACAAAAACCACAAGCCCUGAGAUGAGUGUUACUGCAGAUAUUCAGCAAAUGUAUCUGGCACUCAUUCAGCAUUUCCUACGUGAUGGCUUAAAGGAUCUAAGCAGACUAAUUGAGGGAAAAGUGAGGCAUAUCAUGAAGGAGUAUGACCUCAAGAAAAAACUUACAAUUGGGGAUAUUGAACAAAUCUUUUGGUCAAUCCAAAUGGCUGUGAAUAACGACCCACAGAACCCCAACAGCCAUCUGGCCAAAUACGUGUUCCCCGAAGACGUAAAUGGCAAUGACACACUUAUUCGACUCUUCACAGAAACCCUGGAUUUGCUGGAGAGUGAGGAGGUCAGCAAUUUAUGUACCAACAACAUCUGUCGUGGGUUCUCCGUCGUUGUGGAUUUCCUCGUGAGGUACUACACGGAACCCAAUGGAAAGCGCAAUGGGAUGAAUCUUGCUGAAGACAUUCCUAGCACGUCUAAGGAGCAACUUAAUAAGAUUUUCGAUAUUAAUAGCGUCGAAAGUCCACUGGCCAAGCUUAUUCCCAUUGUCAAUGGGUUAGCGUCAAAGCACUUCAGUGAGAGCAGCAAACCACAGAGUUUGGCCACAUCACUGGUGAUUCUGUUUGUUGUGUCGGACAAAAUCAAAAUCCUCGGCGCAAAUGUCUAUGAGGUGUUCAACCAAUAGUCAAAAUCCCCCAUCACAGCAUCUCGACAUUCCACGAGCGGCUAAUUUUAUGUGUGUUUUUAUCUCUGGUUAAAUGGCAAUGUUUUAUGGGUAUAUUCUGUCGUUUUUUCCCUUCAAUUGCCUCCGUGCAAUUGCAACAAAAUGAUAAAGAUGUAUUUUAAUAUGAUAAAA